CCCCAAACGGAGAUCUUAAGAGAUGGCUCCUGCUGUGGCGGUUAACCCCCCGGGGCAUCAAGUGGUCCUUCCGUCCUUCCUUGAAUGUCAGCUAGAUUCAAUUCAAACUUUUUCUGACACGGCCUCCAAGAAGUCCCCAGAUCCACUUUCACUUUCAGCCUUCCCGUAAUGUUACUUUACAAAAUCACUACCUCCUGAUCCCAUCAUCAGCUCGGUAUCGACAUUACUACGGUUAUCUGCUAAUUUUCGGAAAGAAAUAUCAGCUUCAAGAUGGAACUAUCUCCGACAGCCAUAGGAGAAGUCAUUCACCCUACUGCGGCUUAUUACCGUCCUCCCCUAGAGGUUCAGGAACAGUCAGAACCUCCCAAUGCCGUUAACUCCUAUACUGAACUCCCUUGGGCGGACUCUCUCCUCAAUCCCAAAAACCGUAUAGAAAGCCUCGAUCUGCCCCCAAAUCCCCUAUGGCGUGUCGACGGCUGUGCCGGCUUGGGCAGCCAAUACUAUGUGCUCCCGCUGUUCAUCGAACAGGUUCCUCCUAUCCGCAUGGAUGUUUUCGUUUCUAAUUCACAACCACAUCUUAUCCGUGACCAGCUCGAACUCGAUAAGGCCUUCCACACCAAGGAUUCCGCUCGACUACCCAGGCUCGCUAUAGCAAGACACAUUGUCCGAAUCCUCCAGCGUUGGACUACGACCGAUUUCCACGACUUGUCAUCUUUCGAAAAAUUCUAUAAAGGCGUGCCUUUCGGAUCACGUCUAAUCCUAGAGAAUAUGUCACUCGACACGCACCAAGUUCGAGUUAAAGUCGGCCUUAACCAUAACCUGGAGCAUAAGCUGCUUCCGCUUUCAAGGUUGGCUGACCUCUGGGGCUCAGGAUUCCCCUUCCCUCCAGUGAUUGACUUCUUUGAUCUUCACGUAGUCAGGGUUCUACAUGAUAGCGUUUGUCUCGUCCGAAUUCACGAGCAGCUAUUUAUUUUCAAGGCAUUGACCAGCGGGGCCAAAUACCUUUACCAUGAACUGAAGACUCUCUGCACGAUCGAACCCCAUGAGAACGUCAUCAGACGGCCAAUGCAUGUUGUCACGAAGAGGUGCAAUUUCGGGUUCAAGAAGGCUGUUGCUGGUUUUACUACGUUUUAUCACGCUAAAGGUACUCUUCGAGAUGUCCUGCCCAGUUUGCAAGCCCAUGGCCAAUUGCAACGUGUCGAUCAGUUGAAGUGGUCGAUACAGUUAACCAGGGCUCUUGAACAUUUAAAAACUCGCUCUAGGACAUACUACCCCGAUUUACGCCUGGACAAUAUUGUACUAUCAGAAAAGUCCGACGUCAUUAUGGUCGAUUUUGAACAGAGAGGAGUCUGGUGCGAGUUUGCGGCCCCGGAGGUUAACGCUAUCGAAUACAUCCGUCUAAUCGCAACUGACGAGUGUGUACCCGAAUCCGUGAGCGAGAAGUAUCGAAAGAUAAUGCAGGAAUUAGUUCCAGAAUUCGAAGAGUUGGAAGGCGAGAAAUAUACUAACCCAGAAUAUGGAUUCAACAUAUCAUGGAUUGCCCUCAGCGAGACAGAGCAAGAAGCCGCUGAAGUAUACAUGCUUGGGAGAGUGUUGUGGUGCAUCUUUGAAGGGGUCAGUGGUCCUCAGAAGGCAGCCGUGUGGCAGUCGUAUAGAUGGGAGCCCGAACUUGAGUUUCCCGAAUACAGGAGGACCCCUCCCGCAAUGAGAAUUCUGAUAGACAAAUGUACAAGGGGUAGGCGAGAGGCGCUUGGCAACAUCAUUAUAAGGCGGAACAGUCAGCUUCUUCUAACAACUAAACCUCCCAGUGAACAGACUGCCGACGAGGUUAAGCAGACUGCGAAGCGUUUUUGGUCGACCGAAAUCGAAGUAGCGGAAAAGUAUCUGGAAGUUCGAAGUUCCCAACGUCGCAAAGGAGAAUGGAACGACAACUACUUUGAGCGCCCAACCUUAGCCCAAGUCUUAGAAGACCUACUGGCAUUCCAGAACGAAGUCGCUUGAGGCUAUGCAGCCAUACGAGGGGGAACUAAAGAACCUGGUCAUCAUUUUGAGACGAGCAUCUCACUCACAUUCCUUUUGGUAACAGUCAGCAUCAAUACAUGAUAUGCUUCUAAAUAACUUUUAGCGUACCUUGAGCAUGUCGCCGUGAAAGAGCCUCUACUGACUUAUCUAGAGGGGAAAACCCCAACGAAAGUAUCAGGGACCAUGCCAUAGUUUAGCGGCCACUGCCAAAAAUGAGUAUAGAACUUAAUAGACAAAUCUCAGCUAGCAUAGCUAAAAUAUCUCCAUCU